GCUAUCUCAUACAUUGCACUGUCAGCCGCAAAAAAUCCUGUCUAGGGUUUUUUUCUCAUUUCGGUAAUUUGUCAACUCAGAAUUGUUAUAUUUGGAUUUUCUCAUACUAAUUUGUGUUUUUGUUACAUCAAAUUUUAUUCACCGUUUGAAGAGGCAAUGAGUAAGCUUCAGAGUGAUGCUUUGAGGGAAGCAAUCUCAGGAAUCACGGCUGAUUCCAAGGAGAAAAACCGUAAAUUUGUGGAGACUAUUGAACUCCAGAUUGGUCUUAAAAACUAUGAUCCACAAAAGGAUAAGCGUUUCAGUGGUUCUGUUAAAUUGCCUCACAUCCCUCGACCCAAGAUGAAAAUCUGCAUGCUUGGUGAUGCUCAGCAUGUUGAGGAGGCAGAGAAAAUCGGACUGGACUGGAUGGAUGUAGAAGCCUUAAAAAAGCUCAACAAAAAUAAGAAACUGGUGAAGAAACUUGCAAAGAAAUACCAUGCCUUUUUAGCUUCUGAAGCUGUCAUCAAGCAGAUUCCUCGUCUUUUGGGUCCUGGUCUCAACAAGGCAGGAAAGUUCCCUGCACUUGUUUCCCACCAAGAAUCUCUUGAGUCUAAGGUAAAUGAGACCAAGGCUAUGGUCAAAUUCCAACUUAAGAAAGUGCUCUGCAUGGGAGUAGCUGUCGGCAAUAUCAGUAUGGAUGAAAAACAAAUCUUCCAAAAUGUACAACUGAGUGUUAACUUCCUCGUCUCUUUGUUGAAAAAGAACUGGCAAAAUGUUAGGUGCUUGUAUCUGAAGAGUUCCAUGGGCAAAUCUUACCGUGUCUUUUAAAGGGUUGUUUUUAAUUAUGCGAAUUUGGUAUUGCGCCUAAUAUAUUGGAUAUUUUAACAGCUGGGACAAGAGUUCUCUUCUUUUUACAGUUUUGUUGGUUGAGAUUAUGUCGUUAGUAUCCUGUGUUUUUGACUGGUGUUUAAUUGCUUAGCAACUUUGCAUAAUGUUAGGGAUGCUAAAUUUAAUUCCCCAGUUUAUUUAUACAGCUUUUUACCCACUUC